AUGUCGUUCUCGGUUCAGAAUAUAAUUGGGACCCCUUUACACGCGGUGGCCGAAUCAAAUAUCGCUCUAGCUCAUCUUAAUUUCGACUUCUCUCUUGUGAAAUGUGAAGCCCCAGCUGAGCUCCAGCUGUUGGGCAAACAACUUUCCAAAUCUCGACGACAAUCGGCAGAAGACGGGUCAUUCCACAUUCUCGCCCGUCGACUGGGUGUGCUGUUUGAUGAUGUCCUUCCAGACGUACCAGUGCUGCUUGAAGCAUAUGGAACCCGCGCUAGUCAGAUCGUUCAAGAGAUGACACAGAAGACGGAGAACCCCAAGGUUAUCGUUGAUGGGUUUUUCGGAUCUCAUUUAGGGAUUGACUCAACCACAAUCUGGGCUAGUGCGACGAGUGGAAAGUCCGUUCUUCGCAUGCACCUUCUCGCGUGUAUGCUAGCCAGGAUCUGGUCCCCUCAAGAGGCCACGGCCAUUUGGGCAGAGUUGCAGAUUCAAAUUAAUUUAAUCAUCAACAACCUUUCCGUUGCCGUUAAAUCACAGUCAUCGUCCAAUCAUCCUUCGACUCCAAAGACACGAUCUUAUGACAGUGUGAUUCUCAACCUCAAUCGCGCGUUGACUACCCUUGAUAAGCUGAUCUGCGGUGAGCCCCAGCAAAUUACAGACGGCGGAAUCCUACUUGGAUUAGUAUCCUGGCAUAUUUAUCCCGAUCUUGUUGUUCUAGGGCCCAAAACACAAGAAAUACGACAGAAAGACAUUUUGGUCAAAGAAAGUGGAAUCGUCACUAUCUCAAUCACUCCUCAAGCUAGACCCCGUACAGACGGAGUAUACUGGUCGUUGCCCCUAGCCAGUCUCAGAUACUAUGGAGUUGUUCACCGAGAACGAUCCACUAUGCGUGAUUCCAGAAUAUCAGUCGCACAACUACAAGCCCUGAUACUCGGCGCAUCGCUGGGCGCGGAUGAUGCUGCAUUCACCGCCGCGAAGAUCCUGAAAUCAUUUUGGAACCUCUUCUCUAGUCUGUACGAAGCAAAACUAAGUCAAAUUGCUGACCAACCCCUGGACCUGUCAGCGGACUUGGCUGGAUUCGAGGUAGUGGACUUGCUAAAAGAUGAUCGUCAAUCCCUCAGAAGUUUGAUGCAGCUAUUGCAGCUCAUAUUUCCAUUCCAAGGCGGUAUAGACUUACUUUUUGUUGAGAACGACAACGAGAAAAACACUGCAAUGCAACUCAUGAGAUAUGGUACUAAUUAUGGAAAAUCAUGGAUUGGAAACACGGGCACAUCCGCUCCAACCUUUUUCGGCUUGGCAAGCCUCUCAUCUUUGCUUCGCAUGAUCAAGAAUCGAGAGGAACGAAUCAAAAUACUCCGCGCGCAGUGCAAGCAGUACUGUCUCUUAUCGUCUGACUACGUGAUUCGAUUUCGAACAGAGAGUGGCUAUGUUUACACAUCAAUCGAUGUCGAAAGCGCACGGGCUUCCCACGGAGGGACAAAGAGAAAGCGGGAUGAAUAUGAAAACCAAGACGUGGAUGGCAUCCAUCUCCUCAAGAGCCCGCCCGGAGAAAUCUGGACUUGUUUCGCUUCACCGGAAGCGUCUAGCCGUCAUGUCUCGCAAUAUUUCAAUCCUGAUAUGGAGGAUGACGACUCAAACGCGCAAGAUGACGAUGUCGAUUCAAACGCGGAAGAUGACUUUUUCGCGCAAUUUGUUCAUGACGGCCCCCUUCCUAGUCAGUCAGUUAUAUUCAAUUUCGCCUUCGGUGACCAUAGCCUUGCGGCCGUUUAUAAAAGGGUUACUAGCCAGACUUUACCCCAAAACCAACCCAUCUCGGAUGCAGUUUCUCUCGACAUACUCGAAGACCUUUUGGACAAAAGUCUUUUACAACUCGACCUUGUGGCAGAACAUAUUUUGCAUCAUUUCACCGUAACGCAAUCAUCCCACGGCAGGUCCCUUCUCGCGCUUGGACGAGUUGUGGACUAUUACAUGUCCCACCUACCCUAUGCCACUGUUGCUAUGGGUGUAAUUAAAGGCCCCAUUCGCUCUUGGAAUUGGGCGCAGUCCAUGGUCAAGGAGCUUGAUUCACUAAGUCCACUUGCAAAGCAGCAAGCGCGCGAAGGAAAUACGCCCGCAACAAUCUAUCCCAGCCCCUUGUCCCGUGAAUAUGCGUUUGCAGCAAUUCUACAAUUUGAGGCAGGGGAAAUCAGCGUCGACCUUGCUAAGCUGGCAGACGUACUGGCAAUAUCGAGUGGCAACUCUCUGUUCAUCGCCGAACAACUACUCCACGAUCCAAUGUCACCAAAGAGUCUCUGUUCGGGUGCUGUCUCCCAUGUCAUGGGGAAUGUUGGGAAGCCAGGAGUUACGCUGUUGGUUUCUCCUCCUGAGGUAGAAAUCCGUGAACAUGAUAUUGAGAGGUGGCAAUUUGUCAACCACAACCCGUUUGAUGGGAAUUCAGCCGGUGGAAUGUUCGACGGCACCUCUAUUCAUUUGUCUUUUACAGGCUGGGAAGGACCUGUAAGUCUUGAAUCGACCAAUUCCCGGGGCAUGGAGGCCUAUUACGUUGAAACCGCGGUCUCUGUCAACGAUAGAGGCGAAUGGUUGGGCGAUUUAGAUAUACUGAAGGGCUUGAGGGAUUUAGAGAUGGUGGUUCUUGAUCCUGCCGACAGCAAGUGCAUACACGAUCCGGCUUUUGCAGCUGCAGGAGUAAAAUUAAUUUCCAUCGACUGUUGGGAGGAGAUCCUAGAUCCUCCGAGUGGGUUACUCGUGCUACGUUCGGCAUCGGCAACACCGGCAACACACGAUCGGGGCGGAAACUGGCAGUGGAUGGUGAGACUGGCCGCGGUAAGUAUUGCACGUUCAAGAAAAUAUCGGUGCAUCUGCUUGCCAGUCGAUAGGAGCUUCUGUUGGACUUGUGUUGUUGACAAGAUUGAUGAUGGCGAAGAGAGGAAUGUUCUUCUUGUUUAUUAA